AUGCAGAUCACUCUGUUGUCCCGUUCCGAAGCUGCUGAUAGCCAGCACGAAUCUCCCGCAUCAGCCCACGCCAACUCUACGCAUACCCAGCAUAUCUCCCUUGUACCCUCGGUCACCAUGGACAACGCCGACGACCACGACGAACACGCCACAAUGACCAUCAACGUCGAAGAAACCAAUCGCAAGUACGCCUCCAUCUCUCCAGCUGCCAACGCCCUCAAGCGUCUCGCCGCCGACUCCGACUCGGCUUCCAACAACGAUUCCCUCACCGACGGCACCGCCUCCAUGCCCUCCACAGAGCCUUCCACCACCCCAGACGAGGUCAGCAGCUCCUCCAGUGGCAUAUCCGCCGCUAGGAGGAACGCAAAGCGCGCACGAACCGACUCGGCAGCUCCUCUCCAACAUGCACGCGAGCGCGUUCAGCUGCCUCACCCUCUCGGCAUCAAGCCACUCGGCAACGCUUUCCUCUCGGAUCGCAACGAUCGCAUCCCUUCGCUCGGCCUCUUUGCGCGCUUCGACGACGACUUUCUGCUCAACUUCAUCACCAGCUCCCUUGCCCAAGACCCCGCCACGCUCGCCAAGCUCGAAGCCGUCAGUCACGCCUUCUACACUUUCAUCAACGCCACCAACUCGGUCUGGCGCGAAGCCUUUUUGCUCGCUUUCAACGGCAAGAUGAAGCGCUGGUGCGGCAGCUGGAAGCGCACCUUCAUCUGGCACCACAAGCUCAGCCGAGCCGUCUUUGACGACAAGGCGCGCGACUCCAUGGACGGUUCCGCCUUUGCGCUGCUCGACCCGCCCGCACCCAGGAUUCAGUCGCCCUACCUCUUCUCAGACACCCUCUACCACCCCUUCCGCCUCGCCACUGCUCCUUUGGACCACCUCGUCGCUCCCGCAUGCCGUCUCUACAACCCCAUCCCAAAGAUCGACCUUGCAGAGCCGGGUUCCAUCGCCGAGUUCAAGCUUAAAUUCGCCUAUGCCAACAGGCCUGCCAUCGUACAGAAUGCCAUGCCGCCCAAGGACUGGCCCUGUCGUGAGUGGUCGCUCGACAAGCUUGCGCAGCGCUGGCCCAACCGAUUCUUCCAGUGCGAGGCCGUGCGCUCACGCCUGCCCACCUACUUUAGCUACUCGCGCGGCAUGCAGCACCUCCACGAACAGACGUGGCAGCAGCUGCUCGAAGACGCCGACGGCAACCCGGAUGCAGCCGGCCGGCGAGACUCGGCGACCGUCUCCAACGAUGGCACAUCCUCCGCAGACGGCACCGACAGCCCGCGCGAUCGCACCGCGCUCCCGCUCCAGAAUACCCCGUACACGAUCACACGCGCUGGCACGCAGCUGUACUCUGCCGUCGCCGACGAGGGCGACUCGACGUUCGACCCGUACGCCGUGCCGGACGAGUCGCCCUUCUACCUGUUUGACGCGUCGUUUGCCGACGACCCGCAUGCGUCGCUCGAGUGGCGCGUGCCCAAGUUCUUCCAGCAGAUCUCCACCACCGCCGCCGACGCACGAGCUGACCAUGAUGCGUCGGCCGUGCGCUCCGACCUCUUCUCGCUGCUCGGCCGGCUGCGCCCCGAUCACCGCUGGAUCAUCGCCGGGCCCGCACGCAGCGGCAGUGGCUGGCACAAGGACCCCAACGCCACCUCGGCGUGGAACGCGGUGUUGACGGGUCGCAAGGCGUGGAUGAUGCUGCCGCCGCACGUUACGCCGCCCGGUGUGUUUGUGAGCGACGACGAGGCCGAGGUGACGGCGCCGCUCAGCAUCGCCGAGUGGCUGCUCGAGUUUGCGCACGAGACGCGCAGGCUGUACGGCCCCUCGGCGGCGCGCGCAGAGGAGAGGCUGCUGGUCGAGGGCGUGUGCGAGGAGGGCGAGGUGCUGUACGUGCCCAGCGGCUGGUGGCAUCUGGUGAUCAACCUCGAAGAGUCGGUGGCGCUCACGCAGAACUUUGUCUCGCCGCCCGAACUGGCCACCGUGCUCGACUUUAUGAAGAACAAGCCCGACCAGCUUUCGGGCUUCAAGCGCACGCAGCUGGACGGGCCGGCCGAGGCGGGCGCGGUGGCGCUUGCGCCGGGACGACAGGCGGCGUCGAUCGGACAAUCGGUCGCGGGCGCGCAACAGACGCAGGCGGACGAGGCGGACGACGACUGCGACGGCGCGACGUUUGAUGUAUUUGCGCUCUUCGCCGACCGGCUGCAGCGCUUCGACGGCGCGCUGCUCGACGAAGCACUCGCCAAGGUCGAGCAGACCGAGCAGACGCGCAAGGCGAUGUGUCUCGCGAGGCGCGUGGCGCCCGCGCCCAGGACGGCGGCGCGCCGGCCGAAUGCCGGCCCGACGUGGUGGGAGAAGCUCAAGCAGCACGAGGCUGCGCCUAGUGGCGACGGCGCCGAGCAACAGGCGUCGAGCGCAUUCUCCUUGUCCACGCAGCUGGCGGGCGAGCAGCUCGAGCUCGACGACGUGCCGUGGUAG